CCGCGGCUUCCCGACUGUGGUCCACCUCCGGGAACAUGCCCCAGGCUACCUACUGCUACGUGCGGGUCGUGGGCAGGGGCAGUUACGGGGAGGUAACGCUCGUGAAGCAUCGGCGGGACGGCAAGCAGUACGUUAUCAAAAAAUUGAACCUCCGAAAUGCCUCCAGCCGUGAGCGCAGAGCUGCUGAGCAGGAAGCUCAGCUCCUGUCUCAGUUGAAGCACCCCAACAUUGUCACCUACAAAGAGUCUUGGGAGGGAGGAGACGGACUGCUCUACAUCGUCAUGGGCUUCUGCGAAGGAGGCGACCUGUACCGGAAGCUCAAGGAACAGAAGGGGCAGCUUCUUCCUGAGAGUCAGGUGGUGGAGUGGUUUGUCCAGAUCGCCAUGGCUUUGCAGUAUUUGCAUGAGAAACACAUCCUUCAUCGAGAUCUGAAAACUCAGAAUGUCUUCUUAACAAGAACAAACAUCAUCAAGGUGGGCGACCUGGGGAUUGCACGAGUGUUGGAGCACCAGAGUGACAUGGCGAGCACCCUCAUUGGCACUCCCUAUUACAUGAGCCCUGAAUUGUUCUCAAACCAACCCUACAACUAUAAGUCUGAUGUUUGGGCUUUGGGAUGCUGUGUCUAUGAAAUUGCCACCCUGAAGCACGCUUUUAAUGCAAAAGACAUGAAUUCCUUAGUUUAUCGGAUUAUUGAAGGAAAGUUGCCACCAAUGCCAAAAGUUUAUAGCCCAGAGCUGGCAGAGCUGAUACGAACAAUGCUGAGCAGGAGGCCUGAAGAAAGACCCUCUGUGCGAAGCAUCCUGAGGCAGCCUUAUAUAAAACACCAAAUCUCCUUAUUUUUGGAGGCCACAAAAGCAAAAACUUCCAAAAAUAAUGUUAAAAAUGGUGACUCCCUAACCAAGCCUGUUGCUGCCGUAGUUUCCAGAAAGGAAGAAUCAAAUCAUGAAGUGAUACACUACCGGCCAUGCCCUUCUGAGGGCUCCACUACACACGACACGGGUGAAGAUAAGUGUUUGUCCCAAGAGAAACCAGUGACCAUUGGUCCCUUGAAAUCACCUGCUGGCCUCAAAGGCCACACUGACAAACCAGACAUGAACAAUUCUGCAGAGUCAUUUGCCACAAUCAGUAGGAUAAAUAUCGAUAUCUUACCUGUAGAAAGGAGGGACUCAGCAAAUAAUGGUGUCGCUCGGGAGAAUCAACCAAAACACUUGGCUGCCACUAAUGAAUUAGACAGUCAAUAUGGUAUCUCUCAAGACAAGAAGGAGAGGCUACAGGGUGAUGGCAAGUCCAGUGAUCAGCCUGAAAAUCUGCUUCCCAGCUGGUCCUCUGAUUAUGGUGAUGGAGAAGGGAAUGAGCCAGUGAAGCCAUUGCAGCCCCCAAAUAAAGACCAAAAGCCCAAACAGGAUCAAGUUACCAGUGGAUGUAGGAUAGAAAAACAGGACAGCAUCCAGCCAAGAUUCCAGCCACACAGCUCUGUGUCUGAACCUUCUGUGUCUCGGCAGCGAAGGCAGAAAAGGAAAGAACAGACUGACCGUGGUCAGGCAAAGAGUCAGUUUCAAGAAUCACCCCGUCGGCUUUUGCCUUCUCACCCUGAUGUUGGAAAAGUGGAUAUCAUAUCAACACAACAAAAUGAUGAAAACCAAGGUAGACCUGUGGCUGGGUCUGUAAACAGUUCAAGGAUCAGUUCAACGUCAUCAUCCAAGGAUCGACCAUUAUCAGCGAGAGAGAGACGACGAUUAAAGCAGUCACAGGAAGAGACGCUCCCCUCAGGCCUUUCAGUUCGGAGAACUCCAAGUGCAGUGGAGGCAGUGAAACCACGGGAAGAAGACCAACCUAUCCCUGUCCGACGAUUCUCUUCUGACUGCAACAUCACUCAGGAAAAGAGACAGUCACAUGGUCUCUCUGAGGAUGAGUUAAGUUCUUCUACAAGCUCAACUGAGAAGUCAGAUGGGGAUUCCAGGGAAGGGAAAGGUCAUACAAAUGAAAUGAGUGACCUGGUACAGCUGAUGACUCAGACUCUUAAGCUGGAUUCCAAAGAGAGCUGUGAAGAUCUCCCAGUCCUAAAUCCAGUGUCAGAAUUCAGACUUCAUCGGAACUAUCGAGACACGCUGGUACUUCACGGCAAGGCUGCAGAAGAGGUGGAGCUCCACUGCCAAGAGUUGCCUUCAGCUAUCAUACCAGGUUCUGAGAAGAUCAGGAGAAUAGUUGAAGUUUUGAGAGCUGAUGUAAUCCAGGGCCUGGGGGUUCAGCUUCUAGAGCAGGUGUAUGAUCUUUUGGAGGAGGAGGAAGAUGAAUUGGAGAGAGAGGUAUCAGCUGCCAGCUUGGGGCUCAGUGCCUCCUGCUUAUCUGGAAUGGUGACCUCUAAGGCACGGUUACGGGAGCACAUGGGGGACAAGUACGCAACUUACAGUGUGAAAGCUCGCCAGUUGAAGUUUUUUGAAGAAAAUGUGAAUUUUUGAGAUUUGUUCUAACUUGCUGCCAGAAUUAGAGACUGUUUUCAGAGGUUUCUCACCCGAAAAACAACAACAAAAAACCUGUUUUGGCUAUUCAGAGGCCACUCAUGUCCUUCACUGUCUCUUUGGGGUCUUCCUACUAUAAAACAUUAGACAGAGUUGAUUAAUGUGAAAUAAGUUCACAAAAGAAAAACCUUUGAAUACCAUUUUAUUUUUAUGAGGAAAAUGUUAUAUUUGUUUGUUACUGUUUACUGAGCCUUAAACCAACUUUAUAUCCAGUUUAUUUUUUUAAGAUAUUAACUAGCUUGAAAUGGGGCCAGGAAACAUUGGGUAUUGUACUACAGUGAUAAAAGCAACAGAAGAAACAACUGACAUCUCGUAAUACUUGCUAUUGUGUAUAAUCUUGGAGAGCAGUGAUGUUUAUUCUCAUCAACUUAACUAUUCUUGGAAUAGAUUUAAAGAACAUGAAGUUCUAUGUUACAUUUGAGCAAUUUUUUUUACACAUAAAUGGAUGUUUAAGAUUUUCAUUUAAUCUGAACCUUAGUGAGGUUCAGUCUUUAGACUCUUAGAACUCUUGUUCAGUCUAAAUGAUAGCUUUGUGACUCAUUAUGACUUAACAUGAUUAAUUUUUUUCCACCAGCAAAACCAUCUCUUAAAGGUGAAUUCCUCUUUCAACUAAGCAAUGUCCAUGUCCUUAGUUCUAUUGGAUACCUGCAAUGUUUGUUUUUAUAUACAAUGAAGUGUCAGUUGAGUCUCUGUAUUUUAAAUGUGUAACUGUAAGGCUGGAUGCAGUGGUGCACACUUGAAUCCCAGCAUCUGAGAAACAGACAGGUAGAUCAUGAGUUCAGUGCUAGCCUGGAUGACAAAGCAAGUUCAAGGCCAGCUCAUACUAGAGACCCUCAUCUCAAAAAAGAAAAGAAAAAAGUCAUAUUGUAUAUCACAUGUUGUGUUAGUUAUUUAAUAAGUAAUGUCCCUCUAGAAGUAUUUUUAUAAAUAAAAGUCUUUAGUAAAUUUU